AUGGCAGAUCGUGUGAUAGCGUCCCGUCCAAGUCUGGAGCAGGUGACCGCAAUAGUUGAUUUUAUGGAAAAACAUCCAGCCCUGGCGCUAGGUCAGUUGCGAGGUUUGGAAGGCAGGGAUAAGAGUAAGAGGCUGUGGUCCACUUUGACCAGGAUAGUUAAUAAUAUAACAGGUCCCACAAGACCUAUGAAGUCUUGGAUCAAAUAUUGGGCUGAUAAGAAGUCUACUGUAAGGUCCAAAGUGGUAAGCGGUGGAGGCGAUCCAAAUAAUUUGUGCUCUAACAUUGAAAAGAAGAUAUAUGACCUGUUUAUUGCUAAUGAUAGUGGCAAACCUAGAAGUGGAAUGAAACAAGAAACAACUUUUGUUGAAGAAACUUUUUAUAACGAAGACAGCAUGGAUCAAAAUCAUGUCGAAUCUGAACCGGUGCUAGCAUUCGAGGAGCCGGUAGUUGAUGUGGAAGACAGGCAGAUUGCUAUUAUGGAAAAACUCGUGAAAGUAAUGAACGACCAAGCAGCGGCCUUAUCUCAGCUAGCGCACGCAUCACAAGUCAACGCUCAGGCUAUGGAACGUCUAGCAGAAGCUUCACAGAUACAGGCCAGAGCAAUAGACCGUCUUGCGACAACGUUCGAAGCAAUAAGUGCUACUACACACGACGUCCGGACGGCUAUCGUUGACAUCGACGUCACUAUGAAGAGGUUUUAUUCCACGUCGCCCACUUAG